CUAUGAUCAACUGAUUUUCAUCAAAGGUGCCAAGAUCAUUCAUGGGAAAGAAUAGUCUCUUCAAAAAAUAGUGCUGAGAUGUUUUGAAGAUGCUGCUCAAAGGAAAAAGCAGUUCCGGUAAAGGAGGGGGAAAGUGUGGAGUUGCCUCUGGGAGUGACAGUUCUGACAAGAAGUCUCAGGGUUCCAAAAGUGGUGGCAGAUACAUUCUGUAUGAAAAAUAUGGGAAAAUCAUGGAAGCUAUGGAGAAGUUAAAGUACAGAUUGAGAUUAAAUACAAUGGCUGCACAUUAUAGUGAAGAUAAAGCCAGGCAAGGGGGUGACUUGGGUUGGAUGACCAGAGGUUCCACAGUGGGACCAUUUCAUGAAGCAGCAUUUGCCUUGCCUGUAAGUGGGCUAGAUAAGCCUUGUGUUUACAGAUCCUCCAGUUAAGACAAAUUUUGGCUACUUUAUCAUUAUGAAGGGAGGAAAUUGUACGAAAAACUGGCAAAACAACAAAUGGUGCUAAGACAACUUAAUAAUCAUAUGU